AACCGCGCACCUCUCUGCCCCGAAGGAAAUGCUCCAGGAGAAAAGCCUGGCCGAAACCGAGGAAGGGUUUCCAGCGGCCCCGGCUCCCGGCCAUGCCGACUCCGCCGCGGGCUCGCCCGUCCUCGGCGUAGCCGGCGUGAGCAGCACGCCGCUCAGCAGCCCGCAAGGCCCCGACCCCGAGCAGACAAUAGAAAAUAUCAAAGUCUAUCUCCACGAGAAAGAGCUAUGGAAGAAAUUUCAUGAAGCUGGCACCGAAAUGAUAAUAACCAAAGCAGGCAGGAGGAUGUUUCCUAGCUACAAAGUUAAAGUAACCGGGAUGAACCCCAAGACCAAGUACAUCCUGCUGAUCGACAUCGUCCCGGCCGAUGAUCACCGGUAUAAAUUCUGUGACAAUAAAUGGAUGGUGGCGGGGAAGGCAGAGCCGGCCAUGCCGGGGCGGCUCUACGUCCAUCCCGACUCGCCGGCCACCGGAGCCCACUGGAUGCGGCAGCUCGUCUCCUUCCAGAAGCUGAAGCUCACCAACAACCACCUCGACCCCUUUGGACAUAUCAUUCUGAAUUCAAUGCACAAAUACCAGCCGCGGCUGCACAUUGUGAAGGCCGACGAGAACAACGCGUUUGGCUCGAAGAACACGGCCUUCUGCACCCACGUCUUCCCGGAGACGUCCUUCAUCUCGGUGACCUCCUACCAGAACCACAAGAUAACCCAGCUGAAAAUCGAGAACAACCCCUUCGCUAAGGGCUUCCGGGGCAGCGACGACAGCGACCUGCGCGUGGCUCGCCUGCAGAGCAAAGAGUAUCCGGUGAUUUCCAAAAGCAUCAUGAGGCAGCGGCUGGUGUCCACGCACGGUCAGCUCGCCGCGAAGCCGGACGUGAGCCCGCUGCACGGCGGUCACCAGACGCUGCAGCACUACCAGUACGAGAACGGCGCGCACAUGCAGUUCGCCGCGUCGGAGGCGCAGGACCUGCCGCUCAACACCUUCACGGCGCAGAGGGACUCGGGGCUCUUCUAUCACUGCCUGAAGAGGAGAGAGAGCGCCCGGCACCUGGACCUGCCCUGCAAACGCUCCUACCUGGAGGCCUCCUCCUCGGUGGGGGACGACCACUACUUCCGCUCGCCGCCGCCCUACGACCAGCCCAUGCUGAGCCCCUCGUACUGCGGCGAGGUGCCGCCGCGCGAGGCCUGCAUGUACUCGGGCGCCGGGGCCGACAUGGCCGCCGUGCCGGCCGUCGACGACCUGCCGCCGCCGCCGCCGCCGCCGCCCGCCCUGGGCUGCAACAUGUGGACUUCGGUGGCGCCGUACGCGGGCUACGGCGUCCAGGCGGUGGAGACUGUGCCCUACCAGCCCUUCCCGGCCCAUUUCACCGCCAUGCCGCGGCUGCCCUCCCUCGGCGCCCAGGGCUCCCAGCCGCCCGCCAACGGCCCCUUCGGCGUCUACAACCAGCUGGCGCCGGCGCCGGCGCGGGAGCGCCUGCCGGCGCCGGCGUUCCCGCGGGAGCGGGGCCACGCGGCGGGCUGCGAGCGGAAAGCGCCCUCGCCGCACCUCAACGCCGCCGGCGAGCUGCUCUACUCGCCCAGCUUCUCCCUGGCCAGGGAGCCGGCGCUGCCCUACCACGCGGGCAUGGGCGCCGCCGACGCCUGGGCCGACGGGUGA